UCGAGAAACUAUCCGUUACAGUGUUUAUUGCCAUAAACAUUUAGGAGUUUCACGAGUCGCUGUACUUUUGCUGUUAGUAUUUAGGUAUGUAUGCAAAAGACAGCGUUAGUUUAGAGCUCGAGCUGCUCCCUUCCAAGCACACUUAGAAAAGAAAGAGAAGACGAAGGAAGAAAGAAAAAAACUCUACAGAGCAGUUUUGGAGUUUUAAGUGAAGAAGCAAAGAGUCUAUAUCCUUCUGCAGCAAGCAUCUGCGCGCGAGCGAGAAGAAAGUCUUCGAGGGGAGGAAAGAAAAGUUUCGGAACAACUGGAGGGAAGAAGCAACCUUCGGACGAGUAUUUUGUCUUGAUGUGGUACUGAGGAAUGCGCAUUUGUCAUGGAAACCCAGUCCCAGACCAGUUCUGCAGCAGAGAAGAAGAAAAGGGUGGAGACCAUCGUAGCUACCAAGAGCACAUCCACCCGCACAGACAUCAGCGAGAAGGCCGUGGCCUCCAGUACUACCUCCAAUGAGGAUGACGGUUCAGGUCCCCCUUAUCAUCGUGAGAGGCGUAAUGCCAUCGGUGGGCAGACUGCAGUUCUGGGCGCAUCAGCUGGAAAACUGAGAGAGGAACCAUCCACAUCUACAGAAGAGCGCCCCCAAUUGGUGAAAAAAGAACUUCACAGCUCCCUGCCACACCUGGCAGACCACACCCUACCCUACCGGGGUACACUGUUCACCAUGGACCCUCGAAAUGGUUACCUGGACCCUCAUUAUACUCCGCCUCAGUUCUUCCCUGCAUUUCAUCCUCCGGUACCAAUCGAUGACCGACACACACAAGGACGGUACAUUUAUGAACACUCGCCAGUACCUCCACUACACAUGCCUCCUGCAUUGGCGGCCAGCCCAGCGUUUUCAGAUAUCUCCCUCAUCCGGAUCUCACCGCAUCGGAACCCUUCGAUGGGGGCAGAGUCGCCCUUUAACCCUCCACAUCCAUACAUUAACCCCUACAUGGACUACAUCCGCUCGCUGCACAGCAGUCCCUCACUCUCCAUGAUCUCUGCAGCCAGGGGCCUCAGUCCUGCAGAUGCACCCCACACCGGUUUAACCACUGCGGAGUAUUACCACCAGAUGGCCCUGCUUGCAGGUCACCGCAGCCCCUACGCUGACAUCAUUCCCUCGGUGGCAUCCACAACUGGGUCUGCAAGCAACGCCCUGCAUAUGGAGUACCUGCAGGCUAUGGAAGGUUCUCGGUUUCCCAGUCCCAGGCUUGCUGCCCGGCCCAGCAGAAAACGUCCCCUUCCCUGCUCCCCUCUGUCUGACCCAAACUUUGACCUGCAGGCCAUGAUUCGCACCUCGCCCAACUCUCUAGUCACAAUCCUUAAUAAUUCCCGCUCAAGCUCGUCCCCCUGUGGAUCGUACGGACAUCUCUCAGCCGGCACCAUUAGCCCUGCAUUGAGUUUUGCGUAUCCUCCAAGCCGUGUGCCACUGCAGAUGCAUCAGCAACUGAUUAGCCGACAACCAGGCAUCGUAGGUUCUGCAUUCGGGCACAGUCCGCCCCUAAUACACCCAGCUCCUGCUUUUGCCACACAGAGACCGGUACCAGGCAUUCCCCCCUCCAGUUUGGCACCUACAGAACGUUCCACAGCCUCCACAGACUCACUGAGUAAACCCACCAGUGAGUCGGCUGUAAGCAGCACAGGGGACCCCAUGCACCACAAGCGCUCCAAACUCAAACCAGACGAAGAGCCACCCAGCCUUGGAGCUGUUAGCAUGCAGGAACAAACAGAUGGAAUGACUCUGGUAAAGGAAGAGGGUGACAAAGAGGAGGGCAAGCAGGAGCCAGAAGUGGUAUAUGAGACCAACUGCCACUGGGAGGGAUGCUGCAGAGAGUUCGACAGCCAAGAGCAGCUUGUACAACACAUAAAUAAUGACCAUAUCCAUGGAGAAAAGAAGGAGUUUGUGUGUCGCUGGGAGGAGUGCUCAAGAGAGCAGAAACCCUUUAAAGCCCAGUACAUGCUGGUGGUGCACAUGCGCAGACAUACAGGAGAGAAGCCACAUAAAUGCACGUUUGAAGGCUGUUCAAAGGCUUACUCCAGACUGGAGAACCUGAAGACUCACUUGCGCUCACACACAGGAGAGAAGCCCUAUGUGUGUGAGCAUGAGGGCUGCAACAAAGCCUUUUCAAAUGCAUCAGACCGAGCCAAACACCAGAACCGCACACACUCCAAUGAGAAACCUUAUGUGUGUAAAAUUCCUGGUUGCACUAAGCGAUACACUGACCCCAGCUCUUUACGGAAACAUGUUAAGACUGUACACGGUCCUGAAGCCCAUGUCACCAAGAAACAACGUGGAGAUACAUACCCACGACCCCCAUCCCAGCCCCGAGAACAUGGAGGUAAUGGACAGGGCCGGUCACCAGGGCAACUGUCCCUCGGAGUUAUCAAUGACCAAAGGGAGUACAACCACUCUACCUCGAAACAAGCCGAAUGUCUACAAGUCAAGUCAAUCAAGACAGAGAAGCCAAUGACGUCUCAGCCAAGCCCUAGCAGUCAGUCUUCAUGCAGCAGUGACCAGUCCCCCAACGGCCCCCAUCUCGGCCGUGGAGUCCAGCUUACUAUGAGCAGCAUUGGGUUUGUGGGGGAGGCAGCAGUGCUCGAGGAACAGGAAAAUGAAUUGGAGGAAGGAGUGGGAGAGGAGGAGGAGGAUGCCCCCAUCAUGGACUCUACAGUAUCCACUGCAACAGCCACUGCGGCAACACUAACUUUGCAGGCUCGCCGAAGUGUAGGACGGCCCUUACGCUGGAUGGAACAUGUUAAGAUGGAGAGGUUAAGGCAGGUUAAUGGAGCUGUGCCUAGGCUUGGUCAUCUGUCCCCAACACCGCCCCAUAAAGGCCAGGCCCUGCCUGCCCUCACAGGGAAGGGUACAUGCCUUGGUAGGAGUAUUUCUGUGGGGGCACCAGUGCCCCAGCCUCCCCUGGGUCCUGAGCUGUCCAACACAGAGCUGACAGUGCUGAGUUUGCUGCGUGAGCGCCGGGACAGCAGUGGCAGUGGCACCAGCUCAGCCUACUUGAGCAGCAGCCGUCGGUCUUCUGGCAUAUCCCCAUGCUUCUCCAGCCGCCGCUCUAGCCAGGCCUCGCAGUCUGAGCACAGCCACCAUCGACGUCUCCAUAACCUUAGCGCCACUGACUCUUAUGACCCAAUCUCCACCGAUGCCUCCCGACGCUCCAGUGAGGCAAGCCAAUAUGGAGGAUGUGGAGGUUCAGGUGGGGUGGUGCUUGGUGGAAGCUGGGCUUGUGGAAGUGGAGGUAUUGGAGGAAGUGGGAUGGGAACUAAAGGUGGUCUGAGCCUCACGCCAGCUCAACACUAUCACCUGAAGGCCAAGUAUGCAGCUGCUACAGGUGGGCCUCCUCCCACACCCUUGCCCAACAUGGAACAAUUGAGCCUAAAGACUCGCAUGGCUAUGAUGGGAGAUGGGCAGGAUAACAGCCAGCUCACAUUACCACCACUGGUCAGGCCACGACGCUGCAGUGAUGGUGCGCAACAUGUACAUGGCAGUCAGACAGUGUAUCAACGAAGGGGACUCUACCCUGGUGAAGGUCCAGGCAAUGGUGAUAGAAGAGCCAGUGACCCUGUGCGGACACGGGAUCCUAAUGCUUUUGGGUUGCCUCAGGUACAGCGAUUUAGCAGUCUGAAUAAUGUAAAUUCCUUACCCCAUCAUUUCUCAGAUGGAGAAGAUCUGGGUCUGAGCCUGCAGAACUACACCUGCCCACAUGGAAGCUUUCAGAGGAGUCUACACUCUCCCUGCCCUCCAAACAUCAUGGAACAAUCAGCACUUGAGGACUUAGCCAUGGACCAGGAUGGUAUUCAGUUACAUUCAGAUGAAGACAUCUUUCCUGAUGACUUGGUGCAGUAUCUCCGCUCCCAAGAUCAACAAUUGGCUCACAACCAGAAAAACCAUUCCAGUGAUUCCAGUCCCCAUAGAUCCAAUUUUAACCAGUGUACUGCAGAUGGACAGAAAUACCUCAGUCUACAACAGCAUCAGGGGGCACCAGAAGAGGAAUGCAUCAGUAAGGACAUAAUGCCUAUCCAAUGGAAUGAGGUGAGCUCUGGCAGUGCUGACGUUUCUCCUCCCAGACAGCAGUCUCAGAUAUGUGGGAGAUGGUCAGACCAGAGUGGCAUUAUUGGCAACUCAUUUGGUCGCUUUGGAAACAUGGUUGUGCAGCAACAACAACAGCAUACAGAUUUCAUAGAUCAGCACUCAACUCAUUAUAGAGGAAGUGCCCAACAUGUGGCAAAUAUGAGCUAUGGGUGCAGAUAUCCAGACCAACGUCAACAAACCCAAAAUCCUGCCCAACAGCAGUCCUACAAGAUGAAUUCAAGCAUUAAGAUCGAGUCUUGCUCAACCUCCCAUCUAGAAUCAAGGCAGAACAAUUUUGGUCGACCAGACUUCUCUCAUAUCUCUCGGGGCCCCAUCCGUCCUAGCUGUGCCCAGCAGACAACUGCAUCACAAGCUCGCCUCCAGCAAAACCACACAAUCACACAUCAAAUCAGUGAUAUCUUUGUGCUGCAAAGACCAGCUAACUACAGUAUGUCUCCAGCAUCAUCACUGCGUCAUCAUCCCCAGCCUCCUAUGACCCAUCCACCUGUCAACAGUGGCCACAGAGGAUUGUAUCAUACACAGUCCUACUCCACUCAGCAAAUGAUCAAUGGUCAUAAUGAACAGUUAUGCCAGCAGCAAAGCUUAAGUAAUGGAAAUAAUGCCAAUUGCUCCCUUGCCAAUCAGGUUUCUGGGCUUAAGCUAGAGGCAAGUGAACACUUUCAAACCAACACUUGCUCUUCCAUUCAGCGACAACAGCCAGCAUUCAUUGCAGAGUGUUUUGACAUGGCAGAGUCCAAAGCAUCUUCUCACAACUUAGUGCAGUCAUGUCUAAUGGAGUCCUUGACGGCAGAGACUGAAAAUACUGAGGCACUUCUGUCUCCUGGGGUUGAUCAGGUGACCAGCACAGUAGACGGCAGCCCAGGUGUUCUAGAUAAUGUGGGUUUAGAUAUCUGUUCUGUCCUUGAAGAUGGCUUUGAGCAGGCUGGCCUGGUGUCUAACAUCAUCAGUCCAAGUGUUUUCCAGGGUCUGUCUCGGACACCCUCUCGACUGACUACUCCUCGUCUUUCCGCUGCAUUUAACAGCAUGAAUCCAGGCACUAACAACAUGGCUGUUGGUGACAUGAGCUCCCUCCUCACCACCCUUGCAGAAGAGAGCAAAUUUCUGGCUAUUAUGCUGUAGUCUGUGUACUCCCCCAGCAAAAAAGCAUAAGAAUGGUAAUAAAUUAAACAAAUUAAAUGGACUUGUGCAUGUAAAGAUGCGGGAAGAGAACAUUUUAUUAUGUUAAGACAAUGUGUUGGCACACAAAUAUAUUUUGAAUCUGCCUCAUCCUCACAGAGGCAGUGACCAAAAAAAACAAUAGAUACCAAUAUACUGUAUAUAAAUAUCUAUAAAAAUAGUUAUUCCAUUUCUGGAAUAGAGGCUAUUUUAAAAGCCUUCUUUUAUAUUGCUAUAUGAUGACAGCAGAAGAAUCUUGUCUUUUUCCUAUCCCAAUGAAACAGUAUUCCAUGUGUUGUUGCUAUUUUUAUGUUUAAUUGUACACUGUUGCUAUAAGUGCAUGUCCACUAAACUGAGUAGAUUAACUCAUAUUGUGUACCUUUAUUUUUGAGUACGUUAUCUACAACAGAGAUGCUGUGAAUACGCACAGAUUCAACUUGCAUCUGGUCAAGACAAGGUCAAAUGUCACUCUUCGCUGGCCCAGAUGUCAUAUUUUAAUUAUUCUAAUUUUCUGUAGUAAGUGUUGAUUAUAUCGAUGAUGUUGAGGUGAUAUCAUAAGUCUUACCAAAUGUUUUUUGACCAACUUUUCCAACACGGCAUUGAGCCAAGUAGGAGGGACCAUUUUGUUGUAUAAAGGUACGACAAGUGUGGAAUAGAACAUGAGCUGAAAAUUCUGUAUUUUGAUUUAGCUUAACUGUAUGCUUGUAAAUGAAUGUUGAUAUUUUUUUUUCCCUUUUUUAUAUUUUACAUUAUUACAUUCUGUAUCAUGCUGAUCACAUUCUGUAUGAUUGGUACUGACAGUAAGAAGUGCAUUAUGUGACAAUUGUGAAAAACAACAAAAUCAUUGUGGUAAUUUGUUAUCAAUAUCAACAUGUUGCUUAUUGCACAUCAUAUUUUACAUUUUUCUUACAUUUUCUUUUGUAUUUUGUUUAUAACAGUAGUGUAUUGUUUAUGUCAGAAGUGCAGUAAAUCUGUAGUAUGGGAUAUCAUUUAUGUCUUGGUUUUAUAGAUCAACAUGUUUCUCUAUUUACCCAUUAAUGAUAUAAUAAGUGAAAAUUAGACUUAUAAACACCAUGACACAUCAAGCUCCACUACAAGAGCUAAAAAGUUUUUAUCAGUAUUAAAACUAUCCUGCAGAUUCGAACUGCAUAUGUACAGUUUUUUUAAAGGUGUACUCUAAUAGGUAGGUUCUAUUUGUUUUUGUACGGUUAUCUGACAUUUUUCUGUAGCUGUGUAUCAUUGUCUUGCUUUUGUUUUGAAAGUGAUAUGACUCAUUCCCAGUGGAAAAGAAAAGGGUUUGGGCCUAGGGUAUGUGCCUUAUUGAUACCUGUCCAUCCAAAAGAAACACUGCCAAUUUUUUUAUAAGAAAUUACAGAAAAUCAAAUCAACAUGAAAAAUGUGGCAAGAGUCCUAUGACUUAACAUAAUACACAAUAUGUCACAUUCUGUUGGCAGGGCAUUGUAAAAUGUGAGAUCUGUAAACAGUGUUGGUAGAACAUUGUGUAGUUGUUGUUUUCAGUUAUUACAUUUCUUUCCUUUUGUUUUUAUGCUUGUAAAUACAUAUUCAUUCUGUAGACUAUAGCAAAAAGUUUAGAUGGCAGGAGUCAGAAUUGGUACAGAUAUCCUAAUCCUAUAAAGCCAGAAUACCUAUGUCCUGUCUUGAAUUCAGACAGAGGGAUCAAAAUGGAGUCACGGUGCCUGGCACCCUCAGACUGGGAACAAAGUCUCAAUGCUCUUUUUAUAUCAGAUUACAAAAAAAAUGUUUGUAUGGUUUUAAUAAUAAAAAAGAAAAUGCAA